UUUUGAACACUGUCAACUGUUAGGCUUAACUCUCCGUAACACAUUGAACGCGGCACGGUCGGAACAAUACCGGCGAUGAAAAUGAGCCACAUUGUUUUUACUGAAACAACAACCAGGCGUCCAGCACUGGGCAGCUCAUCGUAUGUGUCACUGACAGUGAGGCUUUCCCCAGCGGAGCAUCUCUGUUUUAGUGUCUCAGCAUUGUGGAGCAAAAGCUUGAUCAUAUGCAACAAGAACCCUCUAGGAACCCUCUAAAUGGAGAUGCCAUAUUUCAAGAAUAAUUUUUGGGGAGAGAAGAAUGCAGGUUUCGACAUUCUCUACCACAACAUGAAGCAUGGACAGAUCGCCACCAAAGAGUUGGCUGAGUUUGUGCGUGAGAGGGCGGCCAUCGAGGAGACUUACUCGAAAUCCAUGAGCAAACUGGCCAAGAUUGCUAGCAAUGGAAGCCCUCUCGGCACGUUCGCCCCUAUGUGGGACGUGUUUCGCGUGUCCUCGGACAAACUGGCCCUCUGCCACCUGGAGCUCAUGAGGAAGAUGAAUGACCUUAUCCGUGACAUCAACAAGUACAGCGAGGAGCAGGUCAAAAUUCACCGCAAGACGAAAGAGGAAGUGAUCGGGACUUUGGAGUCAGUGCAGUCUCUUCAGGUGCAGAACACCCACCUGCAGAAGGCCAGAGAAGGCUAUCACAGCAAGUGUGUAGAGCUGGAGAGACUGCGCAAAGAAGGAGUGCCUCAGAAAGAGCUGGAAAAGGCUGAGCUGAAAUCUAAGAAGGCAGCUGGGUCUUUUGCAGGGUCUAUUGAGAAGUUUAACCGUACUGGAAGAGACUUUGAACAGAAAAUGAGUGAAUCAGCACAGAAAUUUCAGGACAUUGAGGAGGCUCAUUUACGUCAGAUGAAACUACUGAUCAAAGCGUAUUCCCACUCCAUUGAAGACACACACGUACAGGUUGGGCAGGUCCAUGAGGAAUUUAAGCAGAACGUGGAGAACAUUGGCAUUGAGAACCUCAUUCAGAAGUUUACAGACCAGAAGGGAACAGGAAAGGAGAGACCGGGUCCAGUAGGGUUCGAGGAAUAUCUGUCCCCACUAGUGUCUGAGAACAGUAAAAAGAGUCGUGCUAAAGCCUUCAGGAUCCCUGGACUGGGAAAGAAAGACAAGGAACCGGAUUCAACAGAUUCAGCUGUGGCAGAUGCACUUAACUCACCCCUCAAAGUGGACAACGAGGGCUUUGUGAUACGUGCAGAUGCCAACCAGAAUGGUUGUGCUGCUGAGGAGAAGGAGGGAAAUUUUUACUCCAGCGACUCGGAUUUCGAUGAUGAUGAACCCAAGAAGUUUCACAUCCAGAUCCGACCGGUUGCCAGCAGUAACCGUAGUAACUCAGCAGCCAAUGAAAUGGAGUUGAAGGCCACAGUGGGGGCGUUGACCCUGCCUCCUAACAGAGCGGUGUCAGUAAAGAAGCAGCUCUCACGAAACUCCAGUUCAGCAGGUCGAUCUGAAGGGGAAGGGGAAAGUGUUCCCCAGAGAGAUGGAGAACAGGAGGGUCUGCGCAGAUCCACAUCCAGCCCAGAUCACAGCAGGCUGAGUUCCACAGCAUCCGGUUCGGACGCUCUGUUUGGACCUCCUCUGGAGUCGGCCUUUAAAUCCCACAGCUUUGCUGGCAGAGAGCAGCUCCAGAAGGCAUUUGCUGCAUCUGAAUAUGCAGCCUUCUCUUCUGAUUCAUCCUCUCCUGAGAAUGUGGAGGAUUCUGGACUAGAUUCACCAUCCCAUCAGCCCCUUGGGGCUUCCCCAGAGCCCACCGGUUGGGCAGCCUGGCCAUCCACUCAGUCUCAAUCUAAAGACUCUGUAAACUUGAGCCGAUCCUGUGACCCCUUCCUCACUGCGUUCAGUGACCCCUCACUUGGUCGAUCUCCUCUUCCACAGGAUGACCCCACAAAAGCCUGGCCUUCCAAUCUACGUUCUCCACGGGCCCCACCCAACGUCGAGCCCACCACCUUCAGCUUCCCGGCCUUCUCCCACAGCCUGCCGUCUUCAGAACUGGAGCCCUCUGUGUGGAGCUGUAAACACAUUCCUCCAGAAGACCCCUUCUUGGAUGCUUUUGAACACUCUGCCCCCAAAGACAACCUGCCUCCACCUGAUGCCUGGGCCCCGCCUCCCCCUCGGCCCACCAGGGACGGCAGGGGCAUGGAAGGCCGCACCGAUCCCUUUUCUAUCUCUCUGAAUGACACUAAAACCCUCCCUCCCCCAUCCUCCUCCCGCAAAGACCGAGACAGAAAAAGAGAAUGUAGCGUCCCACCUCCAGAGUCCCCAGAUGAUCCUUUCGCUAUUACUAUGAUCGGUAGUCCAACGCACCAAUCGUCGCUGGCGGCGCAGAUGGCUGCACAAGGCAGAGCCAGUAGUAAUAGACCGACGCCCAGUCCUAACCCCGCCCCCAGUUCUCAGCCGAAGAAAGAGCUGGUGCACUGGAACUCAGUGCAUAACCCUUUUAGUGAAGGCACUACAAAUAACACUGUCACACAAGAGUCCACCAGAAAACAGAGAUCUUUUCACGACGAGCCUCGAAGGAAUGGACCACCACUCACACGGCAUUCUGGGCCACAGGAGGACCUCUGCUUCUCUACAGACAAGGACCAGAAUUUCCUGGAUAUUAACACACAUCCAGUUUCCCAGCAUGGUUUCAGGCAGGACAGCACUGAGCGUCUGGCAUUGGCUCCCCCUCGGUCGGUUCGGCCCAAGCGCUCUGCAGGCAGGCUCAGUGGCUGUGAGCGGUCUAGGUCCCUGUGCUCGUCUCCGUUGCCUAAACCCAGUCCUCCCCUCACCUCUUCAUCCUCCUCCAGCCCCAGCGAAUGGGGGGUGCAGAACCGUGUUCCCAGCCCAGCCCGAGGUUUGUCCCGAGGGCCCAGUCCCAUUUCUCUGAGUACUCAGGAGUCUUGGCCUGUAGCUGCAGCCAUCACGGAGUACAUCAAUGCCUACUUCAAAGGAGGAGAACACAACUGCUGUCUGGUUAAGAUCACCGGUGACCUCACUAUGUCCUUUCCUGCUGGCAUCAUCCGCAUUUUCACCGCCAACCCCAACGCACCAGUAUUAAGCUUCAGAUUGGUGAACAUCUCUCGAGUGGACCACUUCUUACCCAACCAGAAGUUACUCUACAGCGAUCCGACACAGAGUGACCCGGACACCAAGGAUUUCUGGUUUAACAUGCCGGCCUUGACGCUCCACCUGCAGAGAGAGGCAGAGCUGAACCCACAGGCCUCCUAUUACAAUGUGGCUCUGCUAAAAUACCAGGUGUCCUCUCAGGAUCCGGGUCGUGCGCCCCUCCUGUUGUCCGCCGAGUGUCAGCGCAGUGGAACAGUGACCCGUGUGUCUCUGGAUUACCACUGCUGUCCCGCAACCGCCCCCGCCAACCAGCUGACCUCUGUACAAGUGCUGCUGCCCCUCGAUCACACGGCCACCGACCUGCAGUGCCAGCCGCCCGCAUCCUGGAACGCAGAGGAAAGACGACUCCUAUGGAAAUUGUCCAACCUCUCUCCGACAAAUCACAGCAAAGGGUCUGGCACGUUGUGCGCCAGUUGGCAGUGCCUGGAGGUGCCCCGCGGUCCUCCCCCGAGCCUGGCUGUGCAGUUUGUGGGAUCGGGAGCUUCUCUCGCAGGCCUGGACGUGAAGCUGGUGGGCAGCCGCUACCGCAUGUCCCUGGUGAAGAAGAGGUUUGCCACAGGAAAAUACAUGGCUGGCUGUUCUUUAUGAGCGGUGAUGGUGACUGCUUCACUACCAGAGGCACAAAGUUUGCACUUUUUAACCCCCCUGAGCUGCUGGAACUGUCCACGUGCUACAGGCCUGAAGAGGAGAGAUCAUGUUGUAUAUAUAUAUACACAGUGUGAUGUGUGGGAAACCGCUAGUAAUACCCAUGAUGCAUUGCUCUAGGACAAGUAUGCACUGGAAUUAGGGACCACAACCAGCCUCUACUUUUAUCUGUAUAGAAUUCUUUGUUUGGUGCACAAGCCACACAUUUAUUUCAAGUUUGAAGAACUGGAUAUAUUUCUGUUCAUUUUUAGUGCAAAUUUGUGAAUGAAUAAGUAUGAACGUACAAUGGAUAUAAAGUUCUGAUAUUUACAGAAUGUAUGCAUGUUGAGUAUUCAAGAAAGGUUUAAUAUGAAAAAUAAGUCCAUGUGUGUCAAUUACACUGCAAGCAUCGGAGACAAAAGUGGUUUACACAAAUUUAUUACACUUUUUACCAGUACAAAAUACAGUCGGAACUAAGCGGUUGAGGCUAAAUAAAGAUUUGUUUAAAAGACACAAAAAUAAGGUAUCAAUAUAGUGAGAAGAAUUGCAUUUACUUCCAUAAAAAUAAUCCUUAGCCAGAAGCUUUAAAACAGCAUUAAAAAAAAUAAAAUAAAAAUACACUGAGCAAAUUCCCUUCCCAAAAGCACACAACAGGCAAAGAACAUGACAGGCGUUAAAGUACAGAGCCUGACACUCACAAUCAACCACAGUGAGAAAACCUCUGCCAAUCACUUCUCAGAAACAAACACAAAGCUAGUAGAAAUGAAGUUUAUCUUUGUAAAUAUCAGAGGGACAUGUAGGGUGCCCAUUACGGGCCGCUACCAGGCACCAGUAAAGAUCCCAACCUGAAAACGACAUAUCUCCUGAAAAUAUUUCCAGCUUUACGUCAGCUAAGUGGGCACAUCGUUUCCAUUACAAGCGUGAAAACUAAAACAUCAGAUGUACAGCACCAGGUGAUGAGGCGUAUCUGUAAGAAUCUGCAUAUUCUGUUAUGUGUCUAUUUUGGGUUUUCUACAUCUUCUAGAAAAAGCUUUUAGCUAUUAUAUAGCUUUUACUUUCUUUUUUUUUGUAAUUACAUUUACACAAUAUCUACUUAAAUAUGUAUAGGAAGUGAUUUUAAUCAAU